AUGGAAACUCAACAUCCUUGUUGUGAAGCCUGCCAUCUACCACUUCGUGAGACCUGUGUGACUGCCAUGAGGAAGAAGUAUCAUCAUGAGUGCUUUCGGUGCUACAGAUGUCGAGGAGCAAUGCCA